UUCCCCCUCUCCUCCUCGCGUCCAGCCAGCCAUCGGCGUGGAGCGGCCGGAUUUGAAAAUCUCGGGAUACGCCCGCUUGUCCGCUUCCUCCGCUUCGCCGUCCUGAAAGCAGCGCAGGGAGGGAGCCCCCAGCCGCAACGGGAACCUCAUCUCGUCGCCUAGGAGCAGAGCAGCCGCGGCCGCAACAGGUAAGUGAGAAGACAAGAUGGUGCACAAGGAGCUGCCGCAGGCAUGGUGGUUUGACAGCCACAACCUUGCAAGACCAUCUCCAUGGCUGAACAACACACUUUCAGAGCUGGAUGACAAGACCAAGCAAAUGCUUCAGCUGAUAGAUCAAGACGCAGACUCAUUUGCGCAGCGCGCCGAAAUGUACUACAAGAAGCGGCCCGUGCUGGUGGACAUGCUGGGAGACCUGUACCGCACGCACCGCUCGCUGGCGGAGCAGUAUGAUCUGCUGAAGCAUGGCAGCGGCACACGCCAGACGGUGUUUGGCCUGUCUUCCUGCACUCAGAGCCGGUCUCAGGCGUCAUCCGUGAACGGCAAGACAACGCCUCGCUCCUCUUGCUCGGUCUCCAUCUACGACUCGGAGUCUGAAGUUGAUGACCCCGAGCAAGAAGAAGAACACGACCGAGAGCAGGUGGAGCUGAUGCGCGCUGAGAUCAUCAAGAUGGAGUUGUCGUCGCGGGAGCAGCAGCGACAGAAAGAGCAGGUGGAGCUGAUGCGCGAGGAGAUCAUCAAGAUGGAGUUGUCAUUGCGGGAACAGCAGCGACAGAAGGAGCAGGUGGAGCUGUUGCGCUCCGAGAUCGAGAGGCUCAAGGAGCAGAACGCGGCGCUGCAGAAGGCAGCCGAGGAGAACAAGGCGCUCAAGGCGGAGCUCGCCGGGAAGGAUGAGGAGAAGAGGGAGGUCAUCAGGCAGCUCGCGUCGUCCAUGGACAUGAUGAGGGAGGAGAACCUGACGCUGCGCGAGCACCUCAGGGGAUCCAAGCAUUCCACCACCUCCCGCGCGUUUGAUCUCAAGAAGGUAGCCAAGGAUCUCUUCUCCGCAAGGCUGUUCACCGCGCACUGCAAGCCUACGGGCCCCAUCGUCGCGCUGUGAAGGGAAUUCGGUGCAGCAGGAUCGAGUCGAGAAGAGAGAAAACAGCAUGGAUCUCAUGAUAUAUUUGGUGUAGAUCAUGUGCAUAUAGGACGGUGUACUAGCCUGUCCGUUUCUGUCCUUGUUCAGGUUUAGCAACUAGAGAGUGCUUGGCACCUGUUGGGCUGUAUUUACCUCUGCGUUGGUAGUUAAUUAUAGUUAUAUAUGUUUAGCCAUAUGGCGUUAAUUAUAGUUAAAUAUUCUUCUUCUAAGUUACUCCUCUAUGGUGCUGUGAGAUUCUUAGUA